AUUCUGACAUUUAAUUUUAAAACAAAAGCCGCAGCAACACAAAAAGCUGGUAAACAAUUUCUGUGUAGGCUGUGAAGUGUGUGUAUUUUUAUUGUUUCAAUUCAAAAUUCAAAUUAAAAUCGUAAAGUGUCUAACAAACGUGAAUAUGGUCAUGGAUUAUGCAAACAUAAUCGAUAAUGGAGCAUAUAGUAUUAAAAUUGGCACAUCCGUUGAGAAUGAUCCAAAAAUCAUACCGAAUUGUAUAAUGAAGGCAAAAUCAGAGCGACGCCGUCCAUUCAUUGGUGAUCAAAUUGAAGAGUGUCGAGAUGCAUCGGGACUUUUUUAUAUUCUAUGUUUUCAAAGAGGCUACUUGGUGAAUUGGGAUGUCCAGAAAACUGUAUGGGAUUAUGCGUUUAGCAAAAGUUGUGCAUCGGUUGAUUUUACACGACCAACAAUAAUAACUGAGCCACAAUUUAAUUUUACAUCAAUUCAAGAGGCGAUGACCGAAAUUUUUUUCGAAGAAUUUGACUGUGAAACGCUGCUACGAACGACAGCCGCCGAUUUAGCAUAUGAAAAUUAUGCAACAACAAAAUCAUUGUCGGCACCACAUUGUUGUAUUGUCAUUGAUAUGGGUUAUAGUUUUACGCACAUCAUUCCAUUUGUAAAGGGUGAACGGGUGAAACAGGCGAUUCGGCGCAUCGAUAUCGGUGGCAAAGUUUUAACAAAUCAUUUAAAAGAAAUAAUCUCAUAUCGACAAUUAAAUGUAAUGGAUGAAUCAUAUGUUAUCAAUCAAGUGAAAGAGGACUCAUGUUAUGUGUCACAAAAUUUUUACCAUGAUAUGGAUAUAGCAAAGAAACGAGAUCCCAAAAAUAAAAUCACCCGAGAAUAUGUGCUGCCCGAUUUUACAACAAUAAAACGUGGAUUUUUAAGAGAACCGGUUGCCGGUAAACAGGCUGAUGAUCAACAGACGUUACGUUUGUCAAAUGAACGAUUUACCAUACCCGAAUUGUUAUUUCAUCCAUCCGAUGUUGGUAUCCGACAAAUGGGAUUGGCCGAAGUUAUAUUUGAUGCAUGCAAAUCAUGUCCGGAAAAGGCAUUGGGUCAUUUAUUACCAAACAUUGUGUGUAUUGGCGGUUGUGCAAUGUUUCCCGGCAUGGCAGAACGACUGCAGAAAGAAGUGAGAGCUUUGGCUCCCGAUUACAUUGACGUUGCGGUUACAGUGCCAAAAAAUCCAAUCACAUAUGCAUGGCAAGGCGGAAAAAUACUCAGUCAACAGGAUGACUUUUUGGCCAAAUGUAUGACGCGUGAACAAUAUGAAGAAGAAGGUGUACGAGGUGUUACCGAGAAAUUUGCUAUUUAAAUAAUCUACAUAUAUUUUAUUUUUGUAAGCGAGAACAAACAAAGACGGAAAACAGAAAAAAAAAUUAAAAAUAGAAAUCAGUUCAAUAUUCAUGACAAUGUGUGGCGAUUCAGUUAUUCAAUGGCGCCAGCUUGAAGUGGAUACAUUCAAACACACAA